CGUCAUUAAGACGCGACAGAGGUUCCACACGUGAGAGGCGACCUGCAUGUUUAGUUUCAGUGUUGAUGAGGAGUUUACACUGAAGGUGAGAUUUAUUUACACAUUCAUUUAUACAGGAGAAACGUUUUAAUGUGAAAGGAAGAAAACCCGGAAGUGAUUCUGCUCGAUUAAAAAGAAGAAACUGAUCAAAAACAGCUGAUGAUCGAUCUGAUCUCAAAGCAGUUUAUCGAUUAGUGAUCAGUUUAUCAGAGGGUUCAACAGGAACAUAGUUACACAGUGAUGGAGAGAAGAGAGGAAGAAGAGGAGGGGAUGAAGACUACAGCUCAGAUAGAAGCAGAAGAGGAAGAGGAGGAAGAAGAAGAAGAAGAGGAGGAGGAGGAGGAGGAGAUGAAGACUACUGCUCAGAUAGAAGAGGAAGAGGAGGAGGAGGAGGAGGAGGGAGCUGCUGCAGAAAGUGGAGGGGACGAUGAUGAAGAUGAACACUCAGAUGGUGAUGAAGAGCAGGAAAACAAAGAUGAUGAUGGUGGUGGUGCAGGGAUGAAGAAGAAGACCAAACAGAAAGCUGCUGGAGUGAAGUGUGUUCCAGGAAUCAUCUACAUCGGUCACGUUCCUCCGAGGUUCCGCCCAAAACACCUGAGGAACAUGCUGUCAGUGUACGGAGAGAUCGGACGCGUCUUCCUCCAGCCUGAAGAUGGUCAGGUGAGGAGGAGGAAGAAGAAGUCUGGGUUGAGGAGGUGUGAUUUUACUGAAGGAUGGGUGGAGUUCAGAGAUAAACGAAUGGCGAAGAGAGUGGCAGCGUCUCUCCACAACACACCGAUGGGAACCAGGAAACGCCAACGAUUCUCCUCCGACCUCUGGUCCAUCAAGUACCUGCACAGGUUCCAGUGGACUCACCUGAGCGAGCGGCUGGCCUACGAGCAGACCGUCCUCCAGCAGAGACUCAGGACUGAGGUGUCUCAGGCGAAGAGAGAAACAAACUUCUACCUGAACAAUGUGGAUAAAAGCGCUAACAUGGACAAGCUAAGGAAGAAGAGACAGAGAGACGGACAACAGGUGGAGGACAAGACGUGGGACUUCACUCAGCGUCAGACAGAAGAGGAGAUCCAGAUGAGGAAGAAGAAGAAGAAAGACUCUUUUACCCAGAAGCACCUGGACAAGACCCACCUCAUACAGCAGAAGAGCCAAUCAAACGUCUCGCUGCUAGCCAAGAUUUUCAACUCCAAACAAUCAGAGUAACAUCAGAGAGACAGCUGAUUGGCUGCAGGACAAAAUCAGAAACAAGGAGGGAGGUCACGACAACAAAAUCUGGUCUGCACUCAAGACCGUGUCCCAGCCUCCAUUCAAUUCUUCCCGCCUUAACGAACUUGUUAAGUCCUCUGCACAGUGUACUGUUCUGUUCAUAGUACUUUGUGUAGUCAUAGUAUAUGUCAGAAUGUAGUAUUACAGUCACAGUAGAGUGAUGACAUUGUACAGGACACAGCGCAGGAGUUUCACAGGUUUAAUAUAAAAACAAGCAGAGAAACCAGAGUGAGUCCGGUUUAAUGAAGCUUCUGUCCCUUCAGGCUGCAGACCACAACACCACGAGACACCAUUACAGUCUUUUUCAGCAUCACACACAGCUCCUCCUUAAGGUCAGAGGUCAGCUGAUUCUGAGUUCAACAGUUCAUACUGCUCUUCAUCUUCCUCUUCACUUCUUCUUGCGCACCACCGUCCACCCGUCGUCUUCUUCCUGAGGAGGAGGAGGUGGAGGAGGAUCUUUCAUGCUGACUGAUGGACCGGAGGAUUCACACUCCAUCACCUGAACACAGGAAGACAUUAAUUACUAUUUGUGAAUAAAGAAGACUCCUGAAUCACGUGA